GUCAUGUCAGGGGACCUUGGGAGCCAAUCUGCUUGAGCUUCUGAGUGAUAAUUAUUCAUGGGCUCCUGCCUCUUGCUCUUUCUCUCGCACGGUCCCACUCUGCAGACUCAGUGCCUUAUUCAGUCUCGUCUCGCUGUCUCCGCUGCUGUAGCUGGACCCGUCUCCUCAGCGCCGCUCAGCACCUGCACCUCCCACAAUGGCUAAAACAGCAAUGGCCUACAAGGAGAAAAUGAAGGAGCUGUCCAUGCUGUCCCUGAUCUGCUCCUGCUUCUACCCAGAACCUCGCACCAUCAACACCUACACUUACGACGGCUCCAAAGGUGGACACAGCACAGACCCCCUUCAAGGAACUCAAGGUCUAGAAGAGCACCCCACCAUGCAAGCGGUCAUGAUUCCACCAGAUUAUCAAACACGUGUUUUUCUCCCCCAGUCUCAGGAGGCCCAGGUGCUGAAACAGUUGGCAGAGAAGAGGGAGCACGAGCGAGAGGUCCUGCAGAAGGCUUUGGAGGAGAACAACAACUUCAGCAAAAUGGCGGAGGAGAAGCUCAUCCUGAAAAUGGAACAAAUUAAGGAAAACCGUGAGGCGAACCUAGCUGCUAUCAUCGAACGUCUGCAGGAAAAGGAGAGGCAUGCCGCGGAGGUACGCAGGAACAAGGAACUCCAGGUGGAGCUGUCUGGCUGAAGCGAUGGAGGGUAUGGCACGUCCCACCACGAGUAAAUCCCCCUGCCUAUAUUAUCAUGGAUCACGCGAUAUCAGUAUGGGAAAUGUAUGACAUGGUUUAAAAAGAACUCACUAUAAAAAAAACAAAAAACAGAAACAAAAAUAAAAAAAAAAUCAAUGCGGUCUCUUUGCAGAAUGUUUUGCUUGAUGUUUAACAAAUACCUUGGAUCUUAUUUUGUAAAUACUUACAUUUUUGUUAAAAAAUACAAGUAUUGCAUUAUGCAAGUUAUUUCAUAAUCUUACAUGUCCUGUAACAGGCUUUUGAUGUUGUGUCUUUCCACUCAAAUGAAUUUGCUAGGUCUGUUCUUUACGAAGCUCCCCAUUGUCUGACGACCUUCCCUGCCGUUUUCAUUCCAACAGAAAAACGAGGUCAGUAGACAGUCUAUGGUGCUAGAAAUCCACCAUUGCCUAAUGACCUAGACAGCUGUCAUCUUUGAACUUGACUAAGUCCAUCCCUAGAUCACAGGUGUUAGGACUCCACACCAACCUUCACAUUUGUUCGCUCAUAAUCUACUUACUACCUAGAAACGACAAAACCAGGCUAAGAAAAUCCACCCAUCAUAGUAUUGACUUCUGCUUACAAUGGAUUAUGUGCCACAAAUGUGCUUUGGCUUUAGAAAGGGAUGGAUGACAGGGCAGACCUGAGAUCAAUCUGGGUAGAAGCAAAAAAAAGAAAAAAAGAAAAAAAAAACAAACCUUUUUAAAGUGCUACCUUUUAAACAGUUGAAGCAGCCGUGAAGUCGCUCUUCAUGAAGUGGGCUUACUUCUCUCGUUUCAGUUCUUUUGAUGGAAUGAAUUAAUGUGUCAGGUGGCUUAUUUGUGGAUGCCGAUUGAUGAUGUUCAUUUUAAGCUCUUACCUAUAGUACAAGUACAUGAUGCUACUGAAUACUUUUUCACUUGGAAACUGUGAGCUGGUUGUUGCAUAAACACAUACACACACACACACACACACACACACACACACACACACACACAAUCAAAAACACUGCGGACUUCCACUCAAGCUGGUCUUUCUUCCCCAGUGUGAGGCAAUCUUGCCUUGAAAAAAAAAAAAUCGCUCCAUCUAUGAGGGCUGACGCAGUUAAGGGGGGUAGGCAGGGCAUUUGUACCAACGAAGAGAAUCACCAGAUACCCACCGUAAGUACCAAUCGCAGUUUUGAAGUCUUUCUCCCCCAACUCCCAACUCCUGACGGUUGCUGCCUGCAUAUUUACUCUUCAUUAGUGCUAAUUUCCUGUAUGUCAUUGUGAGCAAGCUGUGAUUAAUAAAGAAUUGGAGUUCUGUGAA